GAGUCUUCAGGAGGCUUCCUUAGGAUUGGGCAUGUUUGGGUCGGAAUUGGUUCGGGACUGAUGGACAUGAGAAGGGUUUGGAGUGAGUCUGGAGACUGAGCCCAGCUGUGCUGUCCACUCACAGGUCCUAGGCAACGGCUGUCAGGAAGUUCCCAAAAUAAGUCACUCACAACCUCAUCGUGCUGGCGGGCAAGGCGAACCCAUGGGGCGGUUACAGUGUCUGCAACGCAGACACAAGCGACAGAGACUUGAUCAGAAUAUACAAGGAACUCUGCAAAUCAGCGAUGGUAAGAAGCGGGGCAGCUGGGCCUCCUACGCCUGCCUCGCCGUUCGGUCCCCCGGACACCUCUGGGCUUAGGACUCGGGGGAACAGAUUCCCAGAAGCAGGUUCCCCGCCGCGUCCGGCGCCCGGGCUCUGCAGCCGCCCCCGGCUCUGCCUCCUGCACCCGCAGGGCGUCCCCCGCCGCUCCCUCCCCUGCUUCCUGCAGCGGCCCCCGACCCCAGUCCUGGCCCCACCACGGAUCCUGCAUCGCCGGGUUCGGCCCUGGCGGGUUCAGCCCCGCAGAGUCGGCACCCGGGCCAGGUCCAUCUCCUCCAGCCCUCCCGGUGCGUCCCGCGGGGCAGGAAGGAGGCGAGGCCCAGCCGCCCCGUGUCGUGCAGGUGUUUUCCCGGGCCCGUCCGCGGCGGCUGCUGAGGACCUGGGGAGACCCAGCCUGUAGGAUCCGCAGCUGCGGUGCGCGGCCGGCAGUGGCGCUCGGGCUUCGUCCCCGGGGGCGGGGCUUCGUCCAGGCGCGCAGGGACCAGCGGGCCUCGCCCUCCCGCGCCGCUUUCCGAUUGGCAGCCGCCCGCGGGGCAUUGUGGGCCGUCCGCGCGCCCGUCCCGUCGCCGCCGCCGCCGCAGCCCCCUCGGUCUUGCUAUGUCGAGCUCACCCGUGAAGCGUCAGAGGAUGGAGUCCGCGCUGGACCAGCUCAAGCAGUUCACCACCGUGGUGGCCGACACGGGCGACUUCCACGCCAUCGACGAGUACAAGCCCCAGGAUGCUACCACCAACCCGUCCCUGAUCUUGGCCGCAGCACAGAUGCCCGCUUACCAGGAGCUGGUGGAGGAGGCGAUCACCUAUGGCCGGAAGCUGGGCGGGUCACAAGAGGACCAGAUUAAAAAUGCUAUUGAUAAACUUUUUGUGUUGUUUGGAGCAGAAAUACUAAAGAAGAUUCCGGGCCGAGUAUCCACAGAAGUAGAUGCAAGGCUCUCCUUUGAUAAAGAUGCGAUGGUGGCCAGAGCCAGGCGGCUCAUCGAGCUCUACAAGGAAGCUGGGAUCAGCAAGGACCGAAUUCUUAUAAAGCUGUCAUCAACCUGGGAAGGAAUUCAGGCUGGAAAGGAUCUUGAGGAGCAGCACGGCAUCCACUGCAACAUGACGUUACUCUUCUCCUUCGCCCAGGCUGUGGCCUGUGCCGAGGCGGGUGUGACCCUCAUCUCCCCAUUUGUUGGGCGCAUCCUUGAUUGGCAUGUGGCAAACACCGACAAGAAAUCCUAUGAGCCCCUGGAAGACCCUGGGGUAAAGAGUGUCACUAAAAUCUACAACUACUACAAGAAGUUUAGCUACAAAACCAUUGUCAUGGGCGCCUCCUUCCGCAACACGGGCGAGAUCAAAGCACUGGCCGGCUGUGACUUCCUCACCAUCUCACCCAAGCUCCUGGGAGAGCUGCUGCAGGACAACGCCAAGCUGGUGCCUGUGCUCUCAGCCAAGGCGGCCCAAGCCAGUGACCUGGAAAAAAUCCACCUGGAUGAGAAGUCUUUCCGUUGGUUGCACAACGAGGACCAGAUGGCUGUGGAGAAGCUCUCUGACGGGAUCCGCAAGUUUGCCGCUGAUGCAGUGAAGCUGGAGCGGAUGCUGACAGAACGAAUGUUCAAUGCAGAGAAUGGAAAGUAGCGCAUCCCUGAGGCUGGACUCCAGAUCUGCACCGCCGGCCAGCUGGGAUCUGACUGCACGUGGCUUCUGAUGAAUCUUGCGUUUUUUACAAAUUGGAGCAGGGACAGAUCAUAGAUUUCUGAUUUUAUGUAAAAUUUUGCCUAAUGCAUUAAAGCAGUCACUUUUCCUGUGCUGUUUCA